UACAAUGAGGCCACCUGCGCAGGACUAUGGGAAGGGCUUUUCUGGCUAAGCUGCCGGAGUGUGCUAUUCAUUUCCAAGAGCAAGAAAAGAUGGAUAAAUCUCUAGAGUUGGUGUCAUUUGAGGAUGUGGCUGUGGACUUCACCUGGGAGGAGUGGAGGGACCUGAAUGAUGCUCAGAGGACUUUGUACAUAGAUGUCAUGCUGGAGACCUACAUCAGCCUGGUGUCAUUGGGGUACUGGAUUAGUAAACCUGAGGUGAGCCUCAAGUUGGAGAAAGGAGCAGAGCCUUGGAUAAUAAAAGAACACCCAGACCAGAGCCUCCCAGAUGUCCAGAUAGUCAAUGACCUAAUGGAGAGGAGUCAAGAAAGUCAAGGUAGAUACUUGUGGCAAGGUGUAAUCAUCAAUGGCAACCAAUCAACUGAGGAGAAUGCAUAUUCAAUGCACAUUUUAAAUCUGGUUAUAAAUAGUGAAAACUAUUCAGGAGUGGGGCAUGAGGAGUCUAAUGAAUAUCAGAAUGCACUUCUUCCAGAGACUGAUGCCAUGUGUGCUGGAAAGAAACCUGAUGAGCAUAAUAUAUCUGAGAAAUCACAGAGUUAUCAUGAGCAUCUUAGUCAGCAUCUUAAGAUUCCAGCUGGGCAACUUUUUGAAUAUAGUGGAAAAGGACAGUCCUGCAACUCAGUGCCAAUAAUAUUUGCAUGUAAUAUAAUUUAUAUGGGUGAGACCACUUGUAAAUAUAGUGAAUAUUGGAAAGCCUGUAAUAAGUCGUCUGUCCUUGCCCAAGAGAUAACUCAGGUAGGGAAGAAAACUUUUCAAGGUGAUGUAUGUGGGAAAAUGUAUAAAAAGGCUAAACUUACUCAACAUCAUAUUAUAUACACAGGAGAGAAACAUGGUAAAUACAGUGAAUGUCAGAAAUCUUUUAUUAAGCAAUCAUACCUUAUCUCAUAUCAGGGAACAUCUGCAGAGAAAUCUUUUAACCAAAAGUCAACCCUCAACAGGCAUCAGAGAAUUCACAGAGGUGAGAAACCAUAUGAAUGUAAAGAAUGUGGAAAAGCUUUUAAGCGAAAGUCACACCUCAGCAUGCAUCAGAUAAUUCACACAGGUGAGAAACAGUAUGAAUGUAAAGAAUGUGGAAAAGCUUUUAAACAAAAGUCACACCUCAGCAGGCAUCAGAGAAUUCACAGAGGUGAGAAACCAUAUGAAUGUAAAGAAUGUGGAAAAGCUUUUAACCGAAAGUCAAACCUCAGCAUGCAUCAGAGAAUUCACACACAUGAGAAACCAUAUGAAUGUGAAGAAUGUGGAAAAGCAUUUAACCAAAAAUCAAGCCUCAGCAUGCAUCAGAGAAUACACACAGAUGAGAAACCAUAUGAAUGUAAAGAAUGUGGAAAAGCUUUUAAGCGAAAGUCAAGCCUAAGCAUGCAUCAGAGAAUACACACAGAUGAGAAACCAUACAAAUGUAAAGAAUGUGGAAAAGCUUUUAAGUUAAAGUCACACCUCCGUAAGCAUCAGAGAACUCACACUGGUGAGAAACCAUAUGAAUGUAAAGAAUGUGGAAAAGCUUUUAAGCGAAAGUCACACCUCAGCAUGCAUCAGAGAAUUCACACAGGUGAGAAACGAUAUGAAUGUAAAGAAUGUGGAAAAGCUUUUAAGUUAAAGUCACACCUCAGCAAGCAUCAGAGGACACACACAGGUGAGAAACCAUAUGAAUGUAAAGAAUGUGGAAAAGCUUUUAAACAAAAGUCCAACCUCAGCAUGCAUCAGAGCAUUCACACAGAUGAGAAACCAUAUGAAUGUAAAGAAUGUGGAAAAGCUUUUAACCAAAAGUCAAACCUCAGCAUGCAUUGGAGAAUACACACAGAUGAGAAACCAUAUGAAUGUAAAGAAUGUGGAAAAGCUUUUAACCGAAAGUCAAACCUCAGCAGGCAUCAGAGAAUUCACAGAGGUGAGAAACGAUAUGAAUGUAAAGAAUGUGGAAAAGCUUUUAACCAAAAGUCACACCUCAGCAGGCAUCAGAGAAUUCACACAGGUGAGAAACCUUAUGAAUGUAAAUAAUGUGGAAAAGCUUUUAACCAAAAGUCAAACCUCAGCAUGCAUCAGAGAAUACACACAGGUCAGAAGCCAUGUGAAUGUAAUGAAUGUGGAAAAAGUUUUUUUUACAAAGUCACAGUUGCGAAGACAUCAGGAUACUAACACAGGAAAAAACUCCUGAUGAAUUUAAUGUGACAGGUCUUGUACUGGAAUUCCCCCUAACAGACAAAAAAGAUUUCACACAAUGGAAAAUCUCAGUGAAUAUAAUUUCUGUGGAAAAAGAUUUUGCCAGAAGUCAUACCUCAAGACAUCAAAGAACUUACAUCAAGAAGAAGACCUAUACACAAUUGUUCUCUGGUAUUGAAG